AUGUCGCUAGCUCACUGGUUGGCUAGUGCUCCCAUUGGCAGUCGCCCAACCUGGAAUGUCGAUAUCGAUCCCAAGGGCGCUCUGGCACAGGCAAAGUUCGGACGUCUAGAUAUUGCCGUUAACUGUGCCGGGUACUGGGCACCAUUUCGAAAAUUCGCCGUCGAAGACGACGAACUUUGGCAGAAGAUGGCCAAUAUCAACUUGCUAGGGACUGCAAAAUGUAACCGACUAGCGAUCAAGCAAUUUCUGAAGCAAGAGGUCGAUGAUUCUUGGGGCAGCCGUGGCAGGAUUAUCAACGUCUCGUCUUGUGCAGCUAACAUUGCCUUUCCAUAUGAAGUGGCUUAUUCGGCGACCAAAGCGGCCAUCAACCACAUGACGCGUGCGGGAGCAUUAGACCACGCUGAGGACUGGAUCAAUAUCAACUGUAUAGCACCGGGCGUCGUGGCGACCGGCAUGUCUCGCCAGAACUUCGAGGACCCAGACAUUAUCAAACAUAUGAAGAAAGCCACACCGUGGCCGCGCCUCGGAACGGUAGAGGAUAUCACGGCUAUCGCGAUGUUCCUAUGCAGCAAACAGUCUUCGUGGCUCACUGGCCAGAUCUAUGCGGUAGAUGGCGGUAUGACCCUCGGGGUCCCGCCUUGA